GGGCGGCGGCGAGAGAGAGGCGCGCGGGGCGCCGCCGGCGCGCACCGGGAGGCGGAGAAAGUUCUCGGGCGCGCCGGCGGCAGCAGCAGCCCUGGGAACCCGGUGUAGGGGCGUCGCUACGGGUUAAAGGCAGCAGCAGAGCCGGCCAACCCCAGCCCGGAGCGAGAGGAACUUUGCGCGCCAGCCUGCGUGGGAAUUGCACCUGCUCCGGGCCGGAGAGAGCGCGCGCCUGGCCAUCGUAGGAUUGGAAGGGAUCCCGAGGAUCAUCUAGCCCAGCCCCCUGCAAUGCUGGAAAAAAGGGGUCCGCGUGGGUUUGGAAAUUUUUGCUUGGGGGGGGGGAAUUAUUUCCUUCUCUCCCCCCUCCUUUUUUCAUCUUCUUUGGGAAGAAGAGAGACCCGCGCCUGGAUCGCGAAUGUUCAGGGACUGCUCGGUUUGAGGUUCCCCUCACGUUGUUCUUCAUUUGAACGCUCUGUCUCUUCGUGAGGAUGCAUCAUCAGUUCACGUUGGAGGGAAGGAUUUCAUCCCGGCAAGCAGAGAACCCCAUGGUUGUUUCCUAGGCAACUGCUCGCAGAAUCAUUUCGAAGGCUAAAGACUGUUGCACGAAGCAACAGGUUGUGCUAACAUCUCCCAUCUUCCCACUUCCACUAUCCUCGUGUCGUUUCCAGUGAUGAUUGUGGGUCGCUCUUUUUAUACUGGUCUGGAACAUAAGGAGAUCACUGCUGGAUUUGGAAAAUAGAUUCCAGGUGAUGGAUGAUUCCGUAGCCACACCUGAACAAUCCAAUCCAGCGAUGCACCAGUUCAAAAAUUUUUGAUGUCCAAGCUGAAUGUUUUUGAUGCAAUGUGGGCCUGCUAUAUUUGUUGUCUACAGUAGGCCGAAGAGUCUCGUCUCUUCCCAAUGAAACUCGCCCCCUGCUCCUUUGGACUUCUCUUGCUAUGGUUCAGGAGCAGAGACCCGUCACUUCCACCUCCCAUAGUGAUGUGGCCUCCACUGUGGGUAACUGAUGCACAAGUGUGCCUUAAAAACACACACAUAAGUAACCGCUUUCAGCUCAUCAGAGAGACGGGCACUGUUUGGGGUGUGAAUACGCAAGACCUCGGUCCACGACUGUUGAGGAGAUUACAUGUUGGAAGUCCCAUCGUUUUCUGCCGUGGCGCAAACGAACCAAAGCAGAUUUCGGGAGCCGUCCAGGAGCACCGCCAGGAAAAGGAGAAGAGGGGGCUACUGUGUGCGCACGCCAGGCAGCAAGUGGAUUUGGUGCCUGAGAUGAAAUGAACUUGCUGCCUUUGUCAUCACGAGGACUGCCUGGGAUCCCAGUCUCUUGGAGAGGGUGGGUGCAGAUGUUCGCCUCGUGAGGAUGCCAUGUGCCAAAAGAAGCAACGCUGCGAAGAAGCCAGCUGCUACCGAGAAAGAUGGGGGGGGGGUUUCCCUCCCUUCUUGGGGAUCUUCUGCGUGGGAUUCGUUUCAGGAGGUUCACUGGUCACAGCAGCCCUUGCCAAGCGGACGCGCUCCAGAUGUUUGGACUCCAGUUCACAUCAGCCCCAGCCGGGAAGGCAGGUUUCAGACGGUACCUAUAGGACGGUAAAAAACAGCUUAGCAAUGUUGCUGCCUUUCCUCCUCUAUGGGGCUGCACAUUUUCUCGCGGCCGCAAAGGGAGAGGUGGUCCAGGAUUUUAAGAACUGCCUCGAGUUCUUCUUGGACAAGAUGCCCCCCGGAGAGUCUCUGACGCCACCCAGAGAAGCCAAGAUCUGCCAGUUCUAUAGGAACGCCUAUCGCUUUGCCACGAUGUACGACCGAGAGAAGCGGAUUCCCAUCUACUCCGCUUACAAAUGCAAACCUGGGAAGGGACACAGAUAUCAAGGAUGGAUGAUAGAGCCGCAGCUCGUAGACCCGACUUUGGGGAAGGGCAUGGAAGACGAGCGUGAAACCAACAUCGCCGCCACAGGGAUUAAGAAGAGCCAGGCCACUUUCGACGAUUAUGCCCAGGCCUUAAGCAUUGAAAAGGGGCACUUGAACCCAGUGAGCCACCAACCGGAUGAAGACAGCAGAGCGGCCACUUCCACUUUGACCAAUAUCGUGCCCCAGUAUAGCAAGCUCAACGAAGGUGCCUGGGCCGAGCACGAGAGUCUCCUCAAGAAAGAAGCCCAGGCUUGCCAUGAUAUGUACGUCCUCGUGGGAGCUGUGCCCGGGGAUGAGUAUAUCUCGGACCUCAGGGUCAAUAAGCCCAGCCACAUCUGGUCGGCAGCUUGCUGUGUGCUUGAUAACCAGCACAGAAAAUCCUGGGCUGCCCUAGCGAAAAACAGUGAGAAUGAAGUCAAGGAAUACAGCUUGGAGACCCUCCAGAAAAUCCUAGCUGAACUUUAUGGGAAGAAGAAAGUGGAUCUUUUCAAUGGUUCCUGUAACUAGUGUGCAGCUGAUUGCGGAGAGAGCUAGUUUUAUCCCCAAGAUAGAGGAAGGAUGUAUAAAAUCGUCUCCCAACCAGAGAUGCUCACAAAGUCCUCUCACUGCCGAUUCUGUUCACAGGUUGUGAAGUUCUUAAAAGAAAUUGGUGGUGAAUUGAGAAGAUGUUCUAUUUUUUCCAGAUCUAUUUUUUAAAAAAGCUGUACACAAAACUUAAAUAAAAUGAAACAUGUGACACAUUUCUAGGUGGUAGCAGUUUUAUUGUUGUUAUCAACAUUGCGCUCUAUAAAUUCUGCCCAUCUUGCAACACAAUCCUAUGUUUGGUUACUCAGAAGAAACUGCUGUUGUAUUUGAUGGGAUUUACUUGUCCAGCCAUUGGAAAACAUCAGUAUUCAGCAAGAAUGGUGGGUUAGACAAAAAAAUAUGGGACAUGCCUUUUUUGAACAUUUA